UUUAUCUUUUUUUUUUUUCUUUUACCUUACGAAACCCUUACCCCCCAAGUUAUUAAAGCGCUCUCAUAUUAUUAUUGUCUUAGACAUGUCUUUCUCUGCUUAAAUUUAUUAAUCUCGUACCCACCCUGUACGAUCUUCGCACUGUUACAAUAUUAUUUAUUUUUUACAAGUCUUUUACGUCUCGCCCAUCAUGGCCAACGACCACUCUUUACUAAGAUGUCUUCUUAACAAGAAAAUUUGCAAAACCCGAAAUCCGGAACCUCCUUGUUGAAACUAUAUUUCUUUUUUUUUAAAAAAUUCAAACAAUGACUACUUCUACCGCUGUUACUCAAGAAAAAUCUGAUAUCGCCAAAACUAUGGACCAAGAUCUCUUCCAAUUCUUUGACUCUCUCUCUCAACCUUCUCCUGUGGGUGAAUGGUUUACUUCUACUCAGGAUAUGACUGCUACUAUGACCACUCCUGCAAGUACUCACUCUAGUCCAGAAAUAGCUACUCCUUUGGAUAUUCAUUUAUCUCCUUCUGCUCCAAAGGCUGAACCCAUGCCUGUUUCUGUUUAUGGUACUACAGUAUGUGGUGGUGUUGCUGGUGAUCUCGACAUGUCUGAAAUUUUGAACUCGCCCAUCUUUGAUUCUCCUGCUUCUGCCAUGACACCAACUAUGACUCCUGCUACUCCUCAUGUUGAUAUGUUUUCUGAACUGAGUCAAGACCUACCUUCUGCUUUGGCUGCUUUUGUUGCCGCUGUUUCUACUUCUGUACCUCCUUCUGGGCCCUCUGGUUCUUCUUCAAUGCCAUCAUCAUCCUCUUCUUCUUCCUUACCUAUUGUUUCUUCUACUUCUUCCCCUGUUAUUUCUUCUGUGGAUACUGUCAAGUCCUCCUCUGUUUCUCGUAAGCGAUCAACCCCCUCUACUGAUGAUGUGCCUAUGGAUGAAGCUGCUAUCAAGCGACAAAAGAAUACCGAUGCUGCUAGACGAUCUCGUCUGAAGAAGGUUAUGAAGAUGGAAUCCUUGGAAAAGCGGGUACAAGAAUUGGAACGAAUGAAUGCCCAGUUAUUAUUACGUGUUGCUGUGUUGGAUUCUGAAAAGUCUCAUUUACAGACCAAGGAAGCUACUCAUGAAUCACGUAUCAAGACUUUGGAAUCUCAACUGGCUGAAGCUCACAAAGCUCUUGCUUCUCGAUCUUCAUAGUUUUUUUUUUUCUAUUUUUUUUUUUUUUUGACUAUAUUUCUUUUAUAUUAUAUAUUUUUUGUCUUUAGUUUAUUUUUGUUUUAUAAUCCAAUUUUUUUUUCUUUAUUAUAAUUACUAUUUAUCGUUUUACUCUUCAAUAAAUAUUUUUACUGUUUCAAAAAUCCA